AUGAAGGUAGUGAUAAUUUUAGCGACACUAGUAACAGUGGUCUUGACACAGGAAAAAUAUAGCUCUGAUCUUGACAAUUUUAACAUUGAUGAGUUAUUGGAGAACGAUCGGCUUUUGGAAGCUUAUGGCAAAUGCCUCGUGUACAGAGGACCCUGCACUUCACAAGGAAAGGAAUUUCGAAAACUAAUGCCAGAAGCAAUUAAAACAACUUGUCUUAAGUGCACUCUGAAGCAACGUGAAAUGGUCCGAAAAGCAGCUAAAGCUCUUAAGGUUAAAUGGCCUAAAAUAUGGAACGAGCUAGUAAAACAAGAAGAUCCUAAAGGAGAGUUUAAACAAAAGUUUGAAGAUUUCCUUCAGAGAUCCGAUUAA